CUAUGAAGUGAAUCAGCUGUUUUGUUCCAUCCCUAAAACCACGUCAAGUGUAUAGUUUUGUAUACAAAUCGUGUAAAUUCAGGUCAGACCCGGAGAGGAAAUAUUCCGGAAAACCCAGAAGAUCUUGCACGCUGAUUGGGCUGCAGCAUGGCGUACAUUGAUCAAAAUGGUCGCCUCUGGGAGAAGCGUCCUUGGGACCUGAGGCGUGUUUUGGCCCUGUUCGUGGGCAUCUGGUUCGCCAUCAAGCAGUUAUUCGUUUCGUUCCUGGCUCCCUUCAGCAGUAACGAUAGCAAUGGCGACAACUCCCGUCGCGGAAAUGGAUGGGGAAGCAGCUGGGGAGGAGGAGGUGGAGGCGGCGGCGGCGGAGGUGGCGGCGGUGGAGGAGGAGGAGGCGGUGGCUAUGGCGGAGGAGGACUGAGACCCAACCGCAGGAUCGGCCGCAUUCCUCCGCCCUCGCAAUCCUGCAGCGCCGGUGGAUGCUGCGGCUAAGCCACUUUUGUGAAGCAUUUUGGUCGAGGGAACUGAUAAACCGAAAUGCUCCUAUAUUUUACACGAAACAAACUUCUCACCCGUGAAUCAGCAACUAUAGUUUAUAGUUUUCUGUUUCAAAACACCCGUAGUAUAGCUCGAUUUUAGCCUUAAGGUUUGGGACUGCUUGAGCAAGAUACAAAAUACCAUAAACUUUACAAUAAACUACUUAGUUUCUUAACUAACCACGUAACGUA